GCGGGAACGCGAGGAGUGAAGUGUGUGAUUUGUUUUAUUUUGUCUAUUUAGUGUUUCUUCAGGUUUAAAUGUGUAAUAACGGUGGUUUAAUAUCUGUGAAAGUGCACAAAUGUGGGAAAAUGAAACAAAGCCGCUGGACGUAACUUCACGGGAUCCUCCAAAAAGUCCACUGAAAAAAUCUCAGUAAAUGACCACCAUUUUACCGAGAUUAUAUUUCAUCCUAUAUUAUCGCAUAUCAUUUCAUUUAAUUUCAUCGCAGUUGAUUAAUGUCUUAAAUUAAUCAUCUUCAUUUCAUUUCACUCUAUAUUGUCAUUUCUCAUAAAAAUAAGAAUCUAAAUUAAAAUAAGACAUGACUUAAAGAUUUUAGUUACCAGGUUGUAAAAUCCCAUAAAAAAAAACACUUUUGACAAUUAUUGAUAGUGAGUGAGUGACUUGUCUUGCUUGUUGCCGCUUAUUGGAUCAUAAACAGUAGAAAUAAAGAUUCUUCUAAGUCAUAAAUAUGGCUAGCCAGUGGGGACAAAAGGCAGAAGAGUUGGAGAUUUCAAAUAAAGUUGCAGGGCUGGGCUUGGAUAAAAAACAUAAUCAAGAAACAGAUUCUGAUGAUGUACCUGAUACCCCUAAUGCAGCCGAUACUUCUCUUUUAAUGAAAAUCAUACGGCAAGGUCUAGUUGAAUCUAAACUAGAUAUAGAAAUACAGAGAAAAGACCCUAAUUCACCAUUGUAUUCUGUAAAAACAUUUGAAGCUUUGCAUUUGAAGCCAAAUUUACUGAAAGGGGUUUAUGCUAUGGGUUUUAAUGCUCCAUCUAAAAUUCAAGAAACAGCACUUCCUACACUCUUAGCUGAUCCUCCACAGAAUAUGAUAGCCCAGUCACAAUCAGGUACAGGAAAAACUGCUGCCUUUGUUUUAGCGAUGUUAAGCAGAGUUGACUCUAACAAGAAUUAUCCUCAAGUAUUGUGUCUUAGUCCCACAUAUGAACUAGCCAUACAAACUGGUGAAGUUGCUGCAAAAAUGGCAAAAUUUUGUCCUGAAAUAAAGUUAAAGUAUGCAGUUAGAGGGGAAGAACUUCCCAGGGGUUCAAAAAUCACAGAUCACAUUCUUAUUGGUACUCCAGGAAAGAUGUUUGAUUGGGGUGUCAAGUUUGGCAUGUUUGAUAUGGGUAAAAUUAAAGUUUUUGUGUUAGACGAAGCAGAUGUCAUGAUCAAUCGACAAGGGCAUCAAGACCAAUGCAUUAGAAUUCAUAAAUGCUUACCAUCAACAUGUCAGAUGAUGUUUUUCUCUGCAACAUAUGGUACUGCAGUCAUGCAAUUUGCUGAGAUAAUUGUUUCUAAUCCAAUUAUAAUCAGACUUUUGAGAGAAGAAGAAUCACUGGAUAACAUAAAACAAUAUUAUGUAAAGUGCAAAAGUGCAGAAGACAAAUAUAGAGCAAUUUGUAACAUUUAUGGUGUAAUAACAAUUGGUCAAGCAAUUAUAUUUUGUCAUACACGAAAGACUGCAAGUUGGUUGUCUGAAAAGAUGUCAAAGGAUGGUCACUCAGUGGCUGUCCUUUCUGGUGAAUUGACAGUUGAGCAGAGAAUUGCAGUACUGGAUCGCUUUCGGGUGGGUCUUGAAAAAGUAUUGAUCACAACUAAUGUUUUGUCUCGUGGAAUUGAUGUUGAACAAGUUACUUUAGUUGUCAAUUUUGACAUGCCCAUGGACAUGAAUAGAAAAGCAGAUUGUGAGACAUAUCUGCACAGAAUUGGGAGAACUGGUAGAUUUGGAAAAGCUGGUAUUGCAAUUAACCUCAUAGACUCUCCACAAGCUAUGGAGAUCUGUACAGACAUUGAAGCACACUUUGGUAAGAAAAUUCAAUUACUGGAUAUUGAAGAUGCAGAAGAAAUAGAAAAGAUUGGGGCUUAAUCAAAAUUAUAUUUGAUAAAAAAAAACUCAUUUCUACUUUUUAUAUUUAAAAAUGCUCAUCUAUUGCUUCUUAUCAGGAUAACCAUCAUAAUAAAUGUUUGUGUAGAAAGCAAA